AUGACGGGCAUCACGGCAGACACCAUCCUGAAGCUGUUCCCAGACAUUGACACCAGCGGUGAGGCCCUCGAGGGCCAUGACGAGGAGCAGAUUAGGCUGAUGGACGAGGCGUGCAUUGUUCUGGACGAGAAUGACGCCCCAAUUGGCAAGGCGAGCAAGAAGAUCUGCCAUCUUAUGACCAACAUUGACCGCGGCCUGCUGCACCGGGCUUUUUCCGUCUUCCUGUUUGACGAGCAGAACCGGCUGCUGCUGCAGCAAAGGGCAACGGAAAAGAUCACGUUUCCCGACAUGUGGACCAACACGUGCUGCUCGCACCCGCUGGCCAUGCCGAGCGAGACCGGUGCCACACUUCCAGAGUCGGUCGCCGGCGUCAAGCGGGCGGCCCAGCGCAAGCUGGACCACGAGCUGGGCAUACCGGCGGCGCAGGUGCCCAUCGACGACUUCCGCUUCCUGACUCGCAUACACUACAAAGCGCCUAGCGAUGGCAAAUGGGGCGAGCACGAGAUCGACUACAUCCUGUUCAUCAAGGCCAAGGUUGACCUGGCGGUGAACGAAAAUGAGGUGCAGGCAACGCGCUACGUGACGCCAGACGAGCUCAAGGCCUUAUUUGAGGACCCCAAGCUGAGCUUCACGCCGUGGUUCAAGCUGAUCUGUAACUCGAUGCUCUUUGAGUGGUGGCAGAACCUGGACUCGGGCCUGGACAAGUUCACCAAUGAGCAGGAGAUCCGGCGGAUGUAG